AUGGGCUUCAACCCAGGCGACGUGGGAGAAAGUGAUGCAAAACAAAUGCAACAAACUAUAAGCAUCAACAAAGUAGAAAAUCUCUAUCUGGGCUGCUGUGGCAGUUGCAGCGACCCCGUCGAACCGAUCGCUGCCCCUACCCCUACCUGGUGGUACGAUCCGAGAGCCCACGGCCCGACUGUGACGAUCUUUUGUCGUCGUGACGCCAACUACAGCCUCACUGUCCGUGGUGACAGUGUCGUUUUGGCUCCCACCGACCCCGAGGACGAUCGCCAAUGUUGGAUCAAAGACAAUAGAGUCAACUCAAAGGUGAGGGAUGAAGAAGGCCAUGCGUCCUUUGCGUUGGUGAACAAAGCAACUGGCCAAGCUAUCAAACACUCCUUCGGGCAUGGCCAUCCUGUGCGACUUAUUCAAUAUAAUCCAUGCUACGUGGACGAGUCGGUCUUGUGGACGGAGAGCGACAAUCUGAUUGGGGGCUUCCGCGAAAUAAGGAUGGUGAAUAACUUGGACUUGCAUUUUGAUGCUUUAACUGGGUUUAUUGAAGAUGGCACCACUCUCGGUCUCUUCAAGACGAACAAUGCCGACAACCAGCGCUGGAAGAUGGUCCCUUACAGUACCAAGGAAGAGGGAGAGAAACAGUUUCCGACGCCGGCAGUGGAUGGAAAUCUGACACAACUCAUCAGCAACAUUCUGAGCAACCUGAACAGCUCUUCCCGAACAGCGUACCCUCUGAUCCCUCGCUACUCGACUCUGAACUGGUACGACGAUUGCACCACCAGGCCGACCAUGCGGAUCUUUUGUCGUGCUGGCGUGAGGCACAGCCUUGCCGUCCGGGGGGAGAACGUUGUUUUGGAACAGGCUAAUCGGGAAAGUGAUUACCAGGCAAGCAUCUCACCGGUGUAA